GAGACGGUCGGAGUUUGACAGGUGUUCCGGACUCUGUAAAUACCUCAUUCAGUUGUCCAUUCCCUUUGGUUUGGAAGUGACGGACGUGAUACCUCUCCCGUGCAAAUUAUCCAUUUGGCGGGUUUAAGGUACUAUGAGUGUAUUAACUGCUGAUUUAAGUAAAAAAAAGGGAGUCAUGAGGACGGUAAAAUCAAGAAAGGAUGUCAAUUCCUACGAUAUGGUCUUGACGGAGGAGGAGGCGCUGACGCUGCCCAUCAUCAGCCCCGAGGACGUCCUUCGCCUCAACAAGAUCACGGAGAAUUACCUUUGCUCUCCAGAAGCCAACGUCUACGACAUAGAUUUCACACGGUUUAAAAUUCGUGACAUGGACACCGACACGGUUUUGUUUGAGAUCGCGAAACCUCCGCCACAAGAAACCGAGGAGGGCGACGCCAGCAUCGACCAGGAGGAGAGCGACCCCAACGCCGGCCGCUUCGUCAGGUACCAGUUCACGCCGCAGUUCCUCAAGUUGAAGACCGUCGGAGCCACGGUCGAGUUCACCGUGGGCAGACGGCCGGUGAACAAAUUCCGGAUGAUCGAGCGCCACUUCUUCAGAGACAAGCUGCUCAAGACCUUCGACUUCGAGUUCGGCUUCUGCAUCCCCAACUCCAAGAACACGUGCGAGCACAUCUACGAGUUCCCUACGCUGCCCUACGAGCUCG